ACUCUUGGUCUCCUUCAAAGUGGAUUUACCUCUGACACGGCUAUCCACUUGGGGCCUCUGUAUGGGUAUUGAGUGCUAGCCUUUUACAUAAUUGGAGUGCAAUUCAAUUGGGGCAAAUCUCUCUGGAAAUUUGAUUUUGGUGGUUGGAGCUGAUGGAUACACACAUAGAAUUACUUAAUCAAGCUCUACAUGGAUUUUUAGCAAUGGAGAUCAGGAGAGGUGACCCAUCUGAUCUGAUAUUACAAAUUGAUUUGUGGAAUUCCCUUGUAGCCUAUAUGCUGUGAUCUAAACUAAUGAGGACAGGACAGUGGUAAACAAACUGGCCUCCAAUCUUAAUGCAACCAUACCAUACCAAAACUAGACUACAGGCUAGGAUAGGAUGUUUUCUACGUCAUCGAUUUGUAUGACUUUGACCCACCGAAAACGACCGUUGGUUUCAACCAGAUCUCAAUCUCUCCACUAAAAUUAAAAAUAAUAAAAAAUAGAAAACCAGCAAUGACUAUGAGAGAGAGGAAGCGAGGAAACAUGAAACGGAGAAAAGCAGAAGGCUUAAAGCAAAGCAGUUAAGGCCUUUUGCAAAUCACAUGAGCGAGAGAAUAAAUAUAUAGAGAGAAAGGAAGUAGAAAAAGCAAGCAAAGCCUUGGAUCCACAAAUCCCUACGCGCGCGCACACACACACACUCUCAAAUCAGAAAUACAGUGUCUUAUCAUUCCGAUCCUUUCUCCCAUUUCAAGUUUCGACUCGAGUGAUCUUGCUGCAAUGUAUGCCGUCUGAUUCAUCCUCAUCAUCUCUCUCACUCCACCGUUUGAUCUCCGGCAAUGGGAGCCCGCUGCUCUAAAUUCUCAUUCUGCUGGUGGCAAUCUCACCUCAAACCCUCAGUUCUUGACCCCUCUGAUCUCGAGAAUGGGGGUAAAGCUGACCGGAACUCGCUGCCCAGCUUCACCGAGUUUAGCUUGGACCAACUCAAAGCUGCCACGUCGGGGUUCUCCUCCGAUAACAUAGUGUCGGAGCACGGAGAAAAAGCUCCAAAUAUUGUUUACAAAGGGAAACUCGAUGCUGACCGUUGGAUCGCUGUUAAGCGGUUUAACAAGUUGGCCUGGCCUGAUUCUCGUCAAUUCGUUGAGGAAGCAAGAUCCGUGGGAAAUUUGAGGAAUGAGAGAUUAGCGAAUUUGAUUGGAUGUUGCUGUGAAGGUGAUGAGAGAUUGCUCGUGGCAGAGUUUAUGCCAAAUGAAACUCUUGCGAAGCAUCUUUUUCACUGGGAGACCCAGCCUAUGAAAUGGGCAAUGAGAUUGAGGGUAGCAUUGUAUUUAGCACAAGCUUUGGAAUAUUGCAGCAGUAAAGGACGGGCCUUGUAUCAUGAUCUUAAUGCCUACAGAGUCUUAUUUGAUCAGGAUGGUAAUCCCAGACUGUCUUGCUUUGGCCUUAUGAAGAAUAGUAGAGAUGGCAAGAGUUACAGCACCAAUUUGGCUUUCACCCCUCCAGAGUAUUUGAGAACAGGUAGAGUGACACCAGAAAGUGUAGUGUACAGCUUUGGGACCUUGUUGCUUGAUCUCUUGAGUGGCAAACAUAUUCCACCAAGCCAUGCACUUGAUCUGAUUCGUGGCAAGAAUUUUCUGAUGUUGAUGGACUCUUGUUUGGAGGGUCAUUUCUCAAAUGAUGAUGGUACUGAGUUAGUGCGGCUGGCUUCCCGCUGUUUGCAGUAUGAAGCUCGUGAGAGACCAAAUGCAAAGUCCCUUGUUACUGCUCUUAUGUCUCUUCAGAAAGAAACAGAGGUUCCAUCAUACAUCUUGAUGGGUAUCGCACAUGACACUGCUUCCCCAGCAGAGCCAUUGUCAUUAACCCCUUUUGGUGAAGCUUGCUUGAGAAUGGAUCUCACUGCUAUACAUGAAAUCUUGGACAAGAUUGGAUACAAGGAUGAUGAAGGGAUUGCCAAUGAGCUUUCAUUUCAGAUGUGGACCAAUCAAAUGCAGGAGACCUUGAAUUCCAAGAAGCAUGGAGAUACCGCUUUCCGAGCUAAGGAUUUCACAACUGCCAUUGAUUGCUACACCCAAUUCAUUGAUGGCGGGACCAUGGUAUCCCCAACUGUGUAUGCUAGGCGCUGCUUGUCCUACUUAAUGAAUGACAUGCCCCAAGAAGCUCUUGGGGAUGCCAUGCAAGCUCAGGUGGUGUCCCCUGAGUGGGCCACUGCUUUCUAUCUUCAAGCAGCUGCCCUCUUCAGUCUUGGGAUGGAUACUGAUGCCCAAGAAACACUCAAAGAUGGCACAAACUUGGAAGUCAAAAAGAGCAAAAAUUGAGUGUAUAGGUUUCUUUUCCUCUCUCUUGCUUCCUUCUUUUAACUGUAAUUUUGUUUAGUCUCUUGUAUUUAUUCCCUAUUUGUCAUAUUUUGCCAUUUUCAGCUCUUGCCACCUUAGAGGAUUCUUUGAAAUUAUUGUUGGUUUUGAUAUAUAUAUAUAUUUUCCCUUUUUUUCCCA